AUGCCCUCGAAAUCGUUACCGAAAGAUGCGAACGAUCGAGCUCCUUUCCUGGAAGGUGUUAAGGUGUUGGAGGCGCCGCCAAGGGACCACGGUCUCCUUGUCUACUUCAUAGCUUUGCUGCAUGGAAUUGGAGUUCUCAUGCCAUGGAAUAUGUUCAUUACCAUAGCUCCACAGUACUACGUCGAUUAUUGGUUUUCUCCGAACGGCACUCAAACGGACUAUUCGAAAAAUUUUAUGAGUUCAUUAGGGAUCGCGGCGCAACUUCCGACUCUUCUUAUCAACAUCAUCAAUACGUUUGCUGUUAUUGGAUGUGCAUUGCUUCUUCGCAUUGCUGGACCUAUUAUGAUAAAUUGUGCUAGUGUUUUUGCAGUUAUUAUGUUGAUUACGUUCGUUUCACCAACCGAAGAAGCAAUGGGAUGGUUCUAUGUUGUAACUCUAAUUAUUGUGGCUAUUAUUAACCUCUCAAAUGGUCUCUAUCAAAACUCGACAUUCGGUCUUUUUGCUGACUUCCCAGCAAAAUAUACCAAUGCUCUUGUGCUUGGAAAUAACAUUUGUGGCACUUUCACUACAGUACUCUCUAUUGUCGUCACUAUGAUUCUUUCGGAUGUACGAUCGAUCGCUAUCACUUAUUUUUCCAUAUCACUUUUUGUACUUAGCAUGUGCGGUUUUUCUUUAAUCGUUCUCGUUAAACAGAAGUUUUACAACUAUCAUAUUGAAAAAGGAAAUGCAGCUAGAGCACAAGCAAAUACUUCAAAACCAGGACUCUCGCAAUUUGUUGAGUGCUUCAAAAUGUGUUGGGUGCAACUUUUCAACGUUUUCUUCAUCUUUUUCGUCACUCUUACAAUUUUCCCGGCAAUGAUGGCCGCCACCCCUCUUUACAUGGAAUCUAAUCAGGAAUGGCAUUCUAUCUGGCCAGAACGUCUUUACACUUUUAUUACUUGCUUCCUUUCAUUCAAUCUGUUUGCUACGGUAGGAUCUAUGAUCGCAAACUUUGUUCAAUGGCCGCGUCCAAAAUUUCUCUGGAUCCCAGUGCUUCUACGUGGCCUUCUAAUCCCUUUCUUUAUGUUCUGUAACUACAGACCAUUCGAUCGAACGUUACCAGUACUAUUCAAAUCAGAAUUCGUCUUUCUUUCCGGAGGAAUUCUUAUGGCAGUCACUUCUGGUUAUUUUAGUUCACUUGCUAUGAUGUAUGCUCCAAGGGUUUGCCCAGAACGAUAUGCGAAAAUUGCCGGCAUGACAGCAGCUUUAUGUUUAAUCAUAGGAGUGUUCUCCGGCGUUUCUUUCACAUUGGUUGUCGCUUAUAUUACAACCAUGUCGUAA